AUGACCCGCAGCAGCCUCCUCAAGCCAUUAGCGGCCGUUAAACCCUUGUCUGGUCCUGGAUCCGGCUCUGCCCUUGCAGCUCUCACCAAUCCAGGGUCCACCGCCCCAAGCCAAACAGAGCGUCUGCUCUCCUGCUCGAGCGACCUCGUCCCAGAGCAUCGACGAGGCAUCGCCCGCACUAUCGCCCGUACUAGGCCUGGCGGCGGAUCACGACAAACCUACAAUGCUGAUCUGGCGCUGCUGGAGACCUUCAACGGCGCAGGGGCAGGAGUAGCAACUGACUCAAAGACCUGCAGACGUGGCAAACGCAUCCCGGACUUCCAGGUGCCAAGCUCGGCCUCUCUCGUCGCACCGUAUGAGGCCUUCUCUGUCCGCUGCGCCGUACAUAGAAUUCUUCCAUGGGCUCAUUGGCCGAUCCGGAGAUUUGGAGGAGGCUACCGCCUGGCCGCCUCUCCCAAACUACCAAACCAACAAGGGGGGAAGCUGUAG